GCCACAAAUGAAACGGCGUCGUAUUAUGCAUUUGGAAGAAGUAAACGAAUACAUCGCCCGAUUCUUCUUAAAUAGGAAACAGAAUCGGAAUUUUUCAAACCGGAGCCUUCAGUUCUGGUGAAUGGCUCCGCCCGGGAAAUCUAACGAAGAUGCCCCGAAAUUGAAGAAAAGAAAGAUAAAGAGCGGCAAUAUAAUUAGUUCCGUUCAUGUGGAUAACAAGGCAAUUGAUUCUGAGUGGUGGGAUUGUUUCUGGCAUAAGAACUCUAAAACCUCAGGUCACUCAGAUGAGGAAGAAGGGUUCAAAUACUUCUUCCGUGUUUCGAAAAAGACAUUUGAUUACAUAUGUUCACUGGUAAGAGAGGAUCUAAUCUCAAGGCCUCCUUCAGGUCUAAUUAAUAUCGAAGGAAGGCUACUUAGUGUUGAGAAACAGGUUGCAAUAGCCUUAAGAAGGUUAGCAUCCGGGGAAUCACAAGUUUCAGUCGGAGCUUCAUUUGGAGUUGGGCAGUCCACUGUUUCUCAGGUGACCUGGAGGUUCAUUGAGGCGAUGGAAGAACGUGCCAGACACCACCUUAAGUGGCCCGGUCCCAAUAAAGUGGAGAAUAUAAAGUCAGAGUUAGAACGGUCCUUUGGACUGCCUAAUUGUUGUGGGGCAAUUGAUACAACCCACAUCAUAAUGACUCUUCCGACCGUUCAAACUUCAGAUGAUUGGUGUGAUAACGAGAAGAAUUACAGCAUGCUUCUCCAAGGGAUUGUGGACAAUCAGAUGAGAUUUUUAGAUAUAGUGACUGGUUGGCCUGGGGGGAUGUCUACUUCCAGACUGUUGACAUGUUCUGGGUUUUACAAACUGUGUGAAGCUGGAGACCGUUUAAAUGGAAGUGCCAAAAUAACAUUUCAAAGAGGAGAGGUUAGGGAGUACAUAGUUGGUGGUUCUGGUUAUCCUCUUCUUCCUUGGCUUAUUACUUCUUACUAUGAAGAUGAUGAUGGCGAGCUUUCAGAUAGGAUGAAGGAUUUCAAUGAGGCGCAUGAGACUGCAAGAUCACUUGCAGUAAAGGCAUUCUCGCAAUUGAAGGGUGUGUGGAGAAUUUUGAGUAAGGUUAUGUGGAGACCUGAUAAGCGGAAACUGCCUAGUAUUAUAUUGGUCUGUUGUUUGCUUCAUAAUAUUAUUAUUGAUUGUGGGGACCGCUUGCACCAAGAUGCCGCCUUGAUUCGUCAUCAUGACUCUGGGUAUUCGAGACAGAAGUGCAAGGAAGUAGAUCCGAUAGGGAGAAUGAUGAGAGAUGAGUUAGCUAUGCACUUACAUGAUAUGAAGCAGCGUUCGUCAUCUUGAUAAUUAUUAUUUUCUAUCCAGAGUGUGAGUCUGGAAUCAUUCUACUCUGGUUGUUGAGCAAGGUAUACAAUGUGUAAUUUAUGUUUUGCUUCAGCGGAGGCAAUUGCAUCUUCUGCACCUUUUUCUGUAAAAGCCGAAUUUUCUUGGGUCAACCAAUCUCCCGAGUCUGUCAAGUUUUGUGGUUUCCAAUGUUGUAGUAGACUUUCUUUCAGGAUGUUCACCUGACCAUUGUAGCUUCCUUCUUCAGACCGUUGCUUUCACUUAAAAAACUCUUAUGACUGUCUUUUUUUGUCUGUUUAAUGGGUAUUCUUGGUGUACACGGUGAAAUGUGUACACCGCCGUGUCCAUGCUGGAAUUUAUGUGUGCACCCCAGUUUUGCUUUUUGUAACGAAUUGCAUGUGUAUAUACACAAUUAGGGGGCGUGUUCAAAAAUGUGUACAAAUGGAUUUUCCCUGUUUAAUACAUUAGUGCUUAGUCA